AUGGUCAAGAGAAGACUAGCCGUUCUGGUCGGCUGCAACUACCCCAACACAAGGAACGAGCUUCACGGCUGCGUCAACGACGUUUUAGCCAUGAAAGAAACUCUAUUGACCCGUUUCGGAUUCAAACAAGACGACGUCGAAGUGCUAACGGACGAGCCAGAGUCAAAGGUGAAGCCGACCGGUGCAAACAUCAAGGCUGCUUUACGUAGAAUGGUGGAUAAAGCUCAAACCGGAUCUGGAAACGUUUUGUUCUUCCACUACAGUGGCCACGGAACUCGGAUUCCUUCGGUUAAACCAGCUCAUCCUUUUAAAAAAGACGAAGCUAUUGUUCCUUGUGAUUUUAAUCUCAUCACAGAUGUUGAUUUCAGAGAAUUGGUCAAUCAACUUCCUAAAGGAACAAGCUUUACCAUGAUCUCUGAUUCUUGCCACAGCGGUGGCCUAAUCGACAAUGAGAAAGAACAGAUCGGACCCUUUUCUGUCUCCAGCGAUGGAUCUCCAGCCACGGAGACAACGACGAAAAUGACAACAAUAACAUCACGUGCCUUGCCCUUCAAGGAAGUCCUCGACCACUUGAGUUCUCUCACCGGAAUCUCAACUUCCGACGUUGGCACACACCUACUCGAGCUAUUUGGCGGCGACGCUGGCCUUAAAUUCCGGUUACCGGCUAUGGAACUGAUGGAUCUUUUGGAGAGUAUGACGGCGCAUGAGAGACACGUGGACGCUGGGAUAUUGUUGAGCGGGUGUCAGGCGGAUGAGACUUCUGCUGACGUCGGCGUUGGCGGUGGGAAGGCGUAUGGAGCGUUUAGCAACGCGAUUCAGAUGGUUUUGAAGGAAAAUGGAGGUACCUUGAAGAACAAGCAACUAGUGAUGAUGGCUAGGGAAGUGCUUGAGAGACUAGGGUUUCACCAGCAUCCUUGUCUCUACUGUAGCGAUCAGAACGCGGACUCGACUUUCCUGUCGCAACCUUGA